AGGAGGCGGAGGUACCGGCGCCGCCAAGAUGGCGGCCUCCAUGUGCGACGUGUUCUCGUUCUGCGUGGGCGUGGCGGGCCGGGCCCGGGGCGCCGUGGAGGUCCGCUUCGUGAGCAGCUCCAAGGGCAAGGGGCUGUUUGCCAAACAGCUGAUCAGGAAGGGAGAGACCAUCUUCGUGGAGCGGCCCUUGGUGGCAGCGCAGUUUCUCUGGAAUGCACUCUAUCGCUACCGAGCCUGUGACCACUGUCUUCGGGCACUGGAGAAGGCGGAGGAGAACGCACAGAGGCUGACGGGGAAACCCGGGCAGGUUUUGCCGUACCCGGAGCUGUGCACCGUGCAGAAGGGCCUCCACCAGAGCUGCCCACAGUGCCAGGUGAUGUACUGCAGUGCUGAGUGUCAGCAGGCCGCCGCAGAGCAGUACCACCGGGUCCUGUGCACGGGGCCCUCCCAGGACGACCCUCUGCAUCCGCUGAAUAAGCUGCAGGAGGCGUGGAGGAGUGUCCACUAUCCCCCUGAGACCGCAAGCAUCAUGCUCAUGGCCCGGAUGGUGGCCACAGUGAAGCAGGCUAAAGAUAAGGAUCGCUGGAUCAGGCUCUUCUCCCACUUCUGUAACAAAACAGCCAACGAGGAAGAGGAAAUCGUCCACAAACUCCUGGGGGACAAGUUCAAGGGCCAGCUGGAGCUUCUGCGGAGACUGUUCACUGAGGCCUUGUAUGAGGAAGCGCUCGGCCAGUGGUUCACCCCAGAUGGGUUCCGCUCUCUUUUUGCCCUUGUUGGGACCAAUGGCCAAGGAAUUGGGACCAGCUCCCUGAGCCAGUGGGUCCACGCCUGUGACGCCCUGGAGCUGAAGCCUCUGGACCGGGAGCAGCUGGAUGCCUUCAUUGACCAGCUGUACAAGGACAUUGAGGCAGCCACUGGCGAGUUUCUGAACUGUGAGGGGUCCGGCCUCUUUGUGCUUCAGAGCUGCUGCAACCACAGCUGUGUUCCCAACGCAGAGACAUCCUUCCCGGAGAACAACUUCCUUCUGCAUGUCACUGCCCUGGAGGAUAUCAAACCGGGAGAGGAAAUCUGCAUCAGCUACUUGGACUGCUGCCAGCGGGAGCGAAGCCGUCACAGCCGCCACAAGAUCCUCAGGGAGAACUACUUGUUUGUCUGCUCCUGCCCCAAAUGCCUGUUGGAAGCAGAUGACCCCAAUGUGACCUCAGAGGAGGAGGAAGAUGAGGAGGAGGAGGAAGGAGAGCAGGAAGAUGCAGAACUGGGGGAUGAGAUGACAGAUGUGUGAGGUGGCCCUGCCUAGAGGGGCCCGUCUAGACCCGGCCUGCCAGAGAGCGGAGGGGGCCUCUGUCC